GGUCACCGGUUUGAAUCCAUGCUUGCACGGAGGAGGGCUUAGGCCUAGAUGUUAGGAUCCAUGGACUGCUAUGGAAGCACCCGUUAACUGAUGGGGAGCGGAUGUACCCCGUGUGUGAAGCAGAGAGACAGGAGGCUGCAGAGUUGGAAGCUGCAACGGAUGCUUCCCGCAAGGAAUUCCUGCUGCAGCAAGCAGAGAAGACCAUGGCUGACGACAGGGUGGCCCAGUGCACAAAGUAUCUGGCUGAGCUGGUAAUUCUGCAGAACAAAAUCACAGCCAACCACCUUACUAACUGGGACGAAAGAAUCCAGCGACUGGAAACCAGGGUAGGCGACCUGGGGACUCAGCAGUCAAAGAUCCUGGAUGCAAUCCAGAAUCUGACUGCUCAGUUAACAACAGCCAACCUGAUCACCCCUCUAGUCCCUGUGGUCCCCUCUCCAAAACCCAAAAGGCCUUCUCAACCCUCUUCACCUCCUUAUUCUCCUCAUCCCUCUCACAAGUCAUCUCCCUCUGUCUCCUCCCAGGCCAAAGCCACACCUCCACCUCCUCCCACUUUCGCUGCUGUAGUUGCUGGGGAUCAGCGAGGACCCAAGAUCCCUGCACCCAGCAAAUUCAAGGGCGAUGACCCCAAGAUUGACGUUGGGGACUGGGCAGCAGGAACCCGGGCCUACCUGAAAGGGUUCCAGUGCCCAGAGCUGCAGAAAGUGGCUACCGUUGUGGGGCUGUUGGAGGGCCCAGCCCAGAAAUGGACCACAUCCACAGCCAGCGCCCAGCGGCAGACUCUAGAGGACUGGGCAUUGGCACUGGGGGUUGACAAACUUUUGCAGGCCCUGGAAGACAGGUUUGCAGGCAAAGAGCGUGCACGCAAAGCUGCUGAUAAAAUUGUACGCCUGGGCCAGCAGCGUUACAGCGUCAGUCUGCAGGCCCUGUUUGCUGAAUUUGAACAGCUAACCUCCACCCCUGGAUUAGUUAUGUCUGUUGAUGAUUUGUUGACAAACUUUUGCAGGGCUGCGCCUGAAAAGUUCAGUGUUGCAUUGUACAGCGUGGGGCACAAAGACUGGAGGUCAUUCGGCCGCGCAGUCCUGGACAUGGAGGCCAAACUGCAUGUCCAGGCCCCUUCCAGUGACAUGAAGAAAGGCGCUUUCCCUCGCGGUGGAAGAAGGGGAAAAGCGGCCUUUGCACAUGUAGGAUUUGCGUCAUCCUCUGAUGCAGGAUCCCGGCCUGGUACACCGCCAGGUGGGACUGCAUCAGCUGCUGUCACAGAUGUUGCAGCGGCCAUGCAGCAGCUGCAGGCUGCGCUGGGGGGCUUCCAAAAGGGGUGCACUAUUUUCAGCAAAGUCGACUUCAAGUCUGGCUAUCACCAGAUUGAGAUGGCAGAGGAGGAUGUCCACAAGACAGCCUUCAAAACCAGAUAUGGUACUUAUGAGUAUCUGGUUAUGCCAUUUGGACUUUGCAAUGCACCUGGCACAUUCCAGACAGAGAUGCACCGCAUCUUCAGGCCGUACCUGGAUAAGUUUAUGGUUGUCUACCUGGAUGAUAUCCUGGUAUUCAGCAAAACUACCAGGGAACAUGGGGAGCACCUGACUCUGGUUCUUCAGUCAUUACGUGACAGCCAGUACAAGAUCAACAAAGAGAAGUCCUCUUUUGGAGUUCCCUCUGUGAUCAACCUGGGUCAUGUAAUCUCUGGAGAUGGUCUGGGCCCUGAAGCAACCAAAAUUGUUGUUAUUCAGGAUUGGCCACAACCCCAGACAGUGAGAGAUGUCCGGUCUUUCUUGGGUCUGGCCUCAUACUACAGAAAGUUCGUUAGGAACUUUUCUGCAGUGGCGGCACCCCUGACUAACCUCACAAAGAAAGACACUCCCUUUUUUUGGUCUCUUCACUGCCAGAUGGCCUUUGCGCGACUCAAACAGGCCUUGACUCGUGCACCUGUUCUGAAGUUACCUGACCCCACUUUGCCUUUUGUCCUGACGACUGACGCCGGUCAGUAUGGCAUUGGGGCAGUACUUCAGCAGGAUGAUGGGAAUGGUCUGAGGCCUGUCGAGUUCAUGAGUAAGAAGAUCAAAACUCAGAAGCUUCAGGACUCUACCUACGAGAAAAAGUUGUAUGCUCUUGUCAGUGCCCUGAAACAUUGGAAGCACUUUCUCCUGGGCAGGCACUUCAAGAUCUUUUCUAAUCACUCCACUUUACAGUGGUUGAAGUCCCAGGGAGAGUUAAACGAUAAGUUGGCACGCUACAUUCAUUUCAUUGAUCUGUUUGACUUUGAACUGAAACAUAAGAAGGGCUGCUACAAUAAAGUAGUUGACGCCCUCUCUCGUAGGCCUGACUCUUUUGCGCUGAUCUCCUCUACUCACUCCUUUGGAGAGGAGGUCCGUCAGACCAUUACUCGCCUACUGCCUCAGGAUCUGACUUAUGGACCCAUCGUCAGGAAUCUGCAAGCCGAUCCCAAUUUUGAACCUGGCUAUGCUAUGAGUUCAGAUCUGCUGUACACUUACAGCAGAGGAGAGCAGCGCUUGUGUAUCCCUGAGGAUCAACAGCUGAGGACACUGCUGAUGUCAGAGUGCCAUGAUGCACGUGGGCACUUUGGGUUCUUAAAGUCGUAUGCAGCCCUGUCGCAGCGCUUCUUCUGGAAGGAGACGCAGAGUGAUAUGCUGCGCUAUGUGGAAACAUGUGAGCUAUGCCAGAGGAACAAGGUUCAGCGUAAACCUCCUCUGGGACUGCUCAAACCCUUGCCCAUACUUGAUGGUCCUGGACAGUUUGUCAUGGUCUGCGUUGACAGGUUUUCCAAAUACGCAGAGUUCAUCCCCUUACUAGAGGUGGCGAGGGUCCCGACUGUGAGAACAAUCUUUUCUGAGAGGUGGGUCACGCACCAUGGACCGCCCACUUCUAUUGUCAGCGAUCGAGAUCCCCGAUUCUGCAGCGAUGAGUGGCAGUCCUACUGCAAGGACUACCUGCACUCACGCCUGGACAUGACUUCUGGUCGUCAUCCUGAAGCCAAUGGAUUGGCUGAAGUGAUGAACCAAGUCCUAUUCCAGUUGCUGCGUCCUGUCAUCUCGGCAGAUCAACAGGACUGGGAUCUCCACUUAGCGAGGGCACAGCUCAUGUAUAACAUGUCUGUCCACUCCUCGACAGGGUUCAACCCCUACCAAUUACAUUGGGGACGUGAACCACGACAGCCUCUCGAUGAUAUCAUCGAUAAGGCUACACCUGAUCUGACCCCAGGCACGACAGAGUUCGCCAGACGCUAUCGUCUGGAUGUGGAAAGAGCCCGCGUGAACUUGUUCAAAGCCCAAAAGGCUAUGAUUGAACAAGCUAAUCGCCACAGGCGGCCUUCCCCCAUCCGCACUGGUGAUCAUGUCUGGGUGGCCAGCUCUGAGCUGUCGAGGGAGGAGGACAUCUCCUCCAAGCUGUUGCCACGUUACUUGGGUCCAUGGCAGGUUCUAGAUACAGUGGGCGCUGAUCCCUUCGGUCCGUCGUAUGUCAUCGACGUCCCGCUACAUCUACGUACCUACCCGGUCUUCCAUGCAUCCAAGCUGCUGCCUUUCACUCCAGCUGAUGCAUUUCCCGACCGGCCCCCUCAGUUCGGUCCACCAAUCCCUGGUAAGGGAUACGACAUUGACCGGAUUGAGGAUGAGUGGGGCACUGGCCCCGAUCGGCAGUAUCUUGUCAGGUUCGCGUUCCAGCCACCUUCAGAGAGCCGAUGGUUCUACAGGAAGGACCUGAUCAAGAUAGCAAAGUCUAUUGUUUUGCGGUAUGCAGCGGCCCAGAAGGGUAACCUUCGUCGUUCACCCCGCCUACACCCCUAGCUCGGAGCUCCUCGCUCCCGGGGAGGGUAAGCCUGCAAUGACUUGCUGAUUUCUGCUGCCGAGAUUCACUGCGAGGCUGUACACUA